ACGCCGGAACUUUGGAAUCGAUCUUUCAGAUUUCAAGCAUUCAGGUUGGUGUGUGUUAGCCAUCAGCUUAUUCAUUGGUUCUUGAUGCUUGACCUGUGCUAGCACUAUUCAGAAUACAGUCUUCGUUGAAUUGAACAGUUAGCCUCUCUAGUCUUCUGUGCGUUUUGCCUGCCACAUGCACAGGCUUUCUCAUAUUUGAUUACCAAAAUACACCAAGGCAUUGUGAAUGGAAUAAACUUUCAUCUGAAUUUCUUAGGUGAAAAAUUCAGCUGAAAAUGGGUCAACAGAUCAGUUGCCCUAUAAAUGGGACAGAAAUGACAGCAGAAGAAUCUCGUCUUUCCCACCUCACAGCACACAAAUGGUGGGAGACAUGCGGUCCACUUCUGCUCACCUUAAAGCCUACAUUGAGUCUCCAGUCAAAUCAAUUGUCCUCUUAGGAAGGCUAGUUGGCUGGGUCAUUAGCAUCAUGAGCGGUAUGAAUGGUAUUAUCUUGGUCAAAUCCCCCAUAAAGGUCCCAAAGAAAUCACUAGAUUAUCCAUUCAAUGCUUGUAGAGCUUGCUAAACCAUUUUUUUGCCAUGGUGAAUACUUUCUCCAGAGUGGUGAAUACAUGAUGAAAAUGUACUUUUGGUGGCAGAAAUGUAGCAGUGGUGGUAAUGAAAACAAACAGGGUAACUUCACUAAUAAUUACAAUGAUUCAUGAAACAAAUUGGUUGGUCAUUUCCCUUUGUUACAUAAACAAUAGGGAGGAUCUUGUUGAAAAUGAAUAUCCCUUGAUAUCCCUCUGCAUUAACUGCAGCACUUUGUACUGUGUUUUCUUUUUUCUUUGCCUGCAAGAAACAUAUAGGAAAAGUUAUUUCUCACAUUCACAUGGAUAUCUUAUUUGUUAACAUGAUUUUUGGUGUUGAUACCUUCUAUUGUAUAUUUAGCACUCAUGAAAAUUGGCAUCCAAUGAUGUAGGAAGGUGUUAAGGAAGAUAUACAAAUACAGAGAUGCAGGUAAAAAGCUCAGUUUAAAAUUUUUACAUGAUUUGUAGCAUGGUUGCUUGAGUGCUGGAUCAUCUAUUGAUGCUGGGGGAUCCUGACCAAAAAUCAUCUCACAGCUCAGAUCAUCAAAAUCUGCAAAUUGAAAUAGAAAUAUUAUUAUUUUGACUAUUCUAGUGGGUAGUCCUUCUAGAGACAUUCCAGUGGUUAAGAAUUUGAACCUCCACAUCGGAGAUAUGAAGUUCAAAU